AUUCCAACAGGUUUGAAAUCUCGACGUAGGUGAAAAACACAAUCAUCCAAUUCCCCCAGAAGAAGCAGAAGAAUCACCUUAAGGCUAGAAAAAAAGGUGGGGCUGAAGAAGAAGAAGAAGAAACCUUCACUCCUCCUCCUGAGAGUGCCCUGGGCCAGUCCCUUCCCAGAUCCAUCGUCAUCGGUCGUGAAGGUUUUCUUGGAAGAAAAAAGGGGAAGACGAGGACACACAACUAGAAGAAGGAGGGAGGAGAUCCAAAUCUUUUUUCUCUUCCCAUUUUACUUUUUCCACUUGUGUCAAGACUUGAUCCCACCAAGUCCAGUGCAAAGUGAACUAUCGACCGGCCGUGACGUGUGUCUCUGAGCCUCCCAAACAACGUUUCUAACCUGAUUUUUUGAGUUGAAAUAACUAGUUGAUUAAAGAAGUUUGCACUUACUACUUUUGGCUGGUUGGUGUGAGUGUGACUUUGGUGUUUCAAUCAAACGUGUGCUGCAGAAGUGUGGUCAAUCGAAAGUGGUUGGCAAGAGCUCAAGUGUGGAGUGGACUCGUCUGCUAGACCGCGCUGCUGAUUACUGGGGAUCAUCAGCAGCAGCCAAUCACAGCAGCGUAGCAGACGUCCAUUGUUUCGAAUUGAAUUAUCGUCUGCACGACAACUCGAAAAUUGAUAAUUCUGCCAACAUCAUGGCCUACCUGGCCAAAGGCAAUCCGUACGCCAUGAACAUGGGUGUGGGCAUGGGUCCCGUCGGCCUACACCAUCACCACUCGCAGGGCGGUUUGGGUCACGUCGGCGGCGGUGGAAUGCCUGGGCUGGCCGGUUUGGCUAUGCCACCGUCGGCCAUGGACCCACUCCACUCGGCCGUCGGGUUCCCUCCAGGUAUGGACCGACCAUGGAGUAACGGAGCUGGUAGGAAACAGAGACGAGAGCGGACGACAUUCACUCGAGGCCAACUGGACGUCCUGGAAUCUUUAUUCGCCAAAACGCGUUACCCGGACAUUUUCAUGCGGGAAGAAGUUGCACUCAAAAUCAACCUGCCGGAAUCUCGUGUCCAGGUUUGGUUCAAGAAUCGACGGGCAAAGUGUCGCCAACAGUCUCAGCAGCAACAACAGCAACAACAGCAGCAGCAACAGAAUUCGGGUGGAAGCUCCGGCGGAAGCAAAAGCACCGGAACGCCGAGGCCUAAAAAGAUCAAGAAUUCAUCACCGGGCAGUCCCGUUUCGAGUCGCCAACAACAGCAACAGCAGCAACAACAACAACAACAAUCGUCAAUCAUCACCCCGAGUCAGCCGAGCAGUCUUAGCUUGCAACAACAACAGCAGCAGCAGCAGCAACAACAAAUUCAACAACAACAACAUCAAACGAAAAUGCAUCGCGAAUGCAGUCCGCCUUCUUCACUGCCACUCCAUUCUCCCCACACUCCAUCGUCGUCCGUGACUCCUACACCGACGCCUCCUCCUUUAGGAGCCGGCGGAUUGACGGGCGGAUACGGGACUAUGGUGGCCGGAAUGGUGGAUGUCUCUACGCACGCCUCUACCGGCGGAGGAGUCGGUGGUGUGGGUGUAGGCGGCGGUUACGGCAACGGAGGCAACACCAACUUUUGGGGUGGACACGAUUUUCACGUUCCGUCGCCUCAGCGGGCCGGAUCCUACGGAUUGGCGACUGGACCGAAGAUGACUGGAUCGAGUUCAUCGGUCGGCACGCCCAUGAGCGGCUCUAUGGGCUCGUUUUCAUCUCCUAGUUCGAUGCACGGCAUGUCGCCCAUGGGCAUGAUGCCCACCGGUUAUCCAUCACCUAAUCCGAGUCCGGCUGGAUGUUACGGCGUGGCUUCGGCUGGUGGCUACGCUGCAGCUGCGGCCGCUGCUGCCAACGCGGCUCCUUAUUACAGUAACGUCGGCAUGGACUAUCACCACCACCACCACACCACCCACUCCAUGGCCAGUCAUCAUCAUUCCAUGGGCUCUUACGGACAGAUGUCUAGUUAUCCUGGAUCGGCUCAAUCGGCCUAUGCCAGCGCUUCAGCAGCUGCUCAAGCGGCCGUCCAGGCCAAUCAUCACCACCACCACGGCGGAGUGAUCGGCAAUGGCCGGCCAACGGUGCCCAGCAGUGUUGGCGUUCAACAGCAGCAGCAACAACAGCAACAGCAAGAUUGUCUGGACUACGAGGCUAAAUUCCAAGUGCUGUGAGAGACAAAACAAACGAACAAAAAUUCAAUUGAACAAAAAAAAAGACAUUAUUUCUCUGUAACAUAAAAAAUAUCGUUGGCUAUUGCUACGCAUCUUCUCCAUUUUCUCUCCUAUUCUUUUUUUCCCGUUUAUUUUCCUUCACGGGCUGGCCGUCAAAACUUUUCUUUUCAGAAUUUCAGUUGUUUUUGAUGUGAUGACUUGAUGAACAAAUUUUACCUACACACACACAAAAGAAAAGAGAUCAAAUAGUGUCUUCCCCUGCCACCCCCAUCAACCUUGGAUCCUUGUAACCUUCCCACAUUUUUUCCUUUUAUAAUUAUCUUGGAAUGAUUUUAAAAAAGAUUUUUUGACCAUGGAUUUCAAAGGAAAAAAAAACUUGGGAGAAAAGAAAAGAAAAAAAAACAAUCGCUGGGAAAAAGCAUAAACAAUUUAUCCAUAUUAAUCUAUUGUCAUUAUGUAAUUUUGUCUCGUGUGUGUCUCAUCUUUCGUGUCCUUCCUCAAUGAAAAACUGGCUGCCCUUUUCCUAUUUUAAUUUUAAUCUCGUUUUUUUUUUGAAAGACAAGUAAUAAUAACUGUAUAUUUGAUUGAAUAAGAACGGCACGACAAUUA